AUGAAAGGACCUAAAUAUGUAGAAUAAGACAUAAUAAAGAAGGUUUGUUAAGCUGAGUAAUUCCAAUAACAUAAAUUUAAAUUGAUUAAUACAAGGUCUGAUCCAUAUUUAUCAAGAAGAGUAUCAAAUAUUAUUCAUUUAAGCAUGUUUUAUAAGACAAUGAUAAAUACUAAUAAAUACGUGCAAAUAAAUUCUAUACUAAAUUAUAAGUGGAUUUAUAAAAGGAGUAAAGAUUAUUCAAGGAAAAUGCUAAAAUUCUUAAUCGAAUAGUAGAUAUUGGAAAUUAAAAAACUUACUCAUCUCUUCCUAAAAGAUCACUGACUAGAUAAAGUUCUGCCAAUUCAAUAAAGUCUCUUAAUUUAUCUUACAGAAAGAAAGAGGCAUUGAAAAUAGUUGGAGAAAAUGAAAAAUUGAUGCAGCGGUUAUAGAGAACUCCUUCUACAUUUAGAAAUAAAGAAACUUUUCUUAAGGAUUACAAAAAGUUAAAAAUUUAUUAUAUUUUUAUAAGGACUGUGGAACUCAAGAAUAGAAUCUCUAAAUAUUCAUAGCAAAAUCAAUAAAAGAUGGGAAAAAUUGUUUAGCGAUUAACCAAAACAACAACAAAUCCUAAAUUUACAAAAUCCAACUAAAGUAAAACUAGUGCCCCAUCCUAUAAGAAUUCUGCUUUGUCUUAAUUACGCAUUGAACCUGAUAGGUAAUAAAAGAAACUAUAGUUUCCAAGAAUAAAAUGA